AUGGAAAACAUGAGAUCUAUUUAUCGCGACCAUGUAUCCAUGAUCUUAUCUCAUCCCGGAAUGGAAUUUCGUCCCACCGAACAAGAGCUAGUUUAUGAAUUUUUAAUCCCCAAGAAUAGCGGAGAAUAUCUCAAUGAUCAUAUUAACGAAGUCAAUUUGUAUGGUCUCAAUCCUUUUGAUUUACCACAAACUGAUAGUUUCACUUACUCUGGGCGUCGCGGAACGCAAAUAAGGUGGUACUAUUAUGUGGCUACGGCCUCUAUUAAUGAUCAAGAUGGGAAGAGGAUUUCCGUUGGUGGUUAUUGGAAGAAGAAAGGUUGUGGUAUAAGUGUAGAAGGAAAUGGAGGUGUGGUUAUUGGAGCGAAAAGAAGCUUUGUGUUUUAUGCGACAGAUUCUGUAGGAGGGGCUAUUCGGACGAAUUGGAUAAUGCAAGAGUUUUCUCUAUUUCGUAAUCCCGAGCCUCCAUUUGUGUUAUGUCGCUUGUAUCGUCGAUCUACAGUUAGUCCCGUUGAAGUUAUGGAUCUUCGCCAAGGGGACGACACAAAUUUUGAUGAGUAG